AUGGCGGCGGACGAGGUCGCCGAGGGGCUUCGCGGCAAGCAGCGCGGGUACAAGCACGCGGCUGGGGCGGAACUGGUCCACGAGCACGUGUCCACUGCCCUCCGCGUCCGCCCGGGCUACGCCGCGCUCUCUGGACGCUGCAGGCGCCUUCCAGAACCUGAGCAGGGCGUAGUCUACCACGACACCGGGGGCAGAAGACGCAUUUGGAACCAAACAACAGGUAUCUUCCAAGGGUGCGGCAUGGCCACCACGCUCUUCUGCCUCGGACUCGACCGAGCCCUCGAGAGGGCCAAACACCAACUCGACGCAGCAGGUAUACAGCACGAGCUUUUCGGCUACAUCGACGACCUCACCAUCCUUGCGAAGCCUGAAGACCUGCCCACCAUAUACGCAGCCUACAUCAACCCACUGAGCCAAGCCGGCCUCCAAACACGCGUCGACAAAUGUGAGGUGCGGGCGAGGAAUCCUGCCGCGAUGCCAGCGGGCCUGCCCGUGCCGCGAGUAGAGCAGCCCACGAUCUUACGACAACACGCCGACGACUACUCCGGCCUGGCACCGACGCCGGCAACCGCCGACCAGCGCGCCGAGCAGGGCAGCCUGCACUCACCCGCCUCACCGCGACCACAACGCCAACGAACCAGGAGGGCGACUGCCAUGGCCAGACUCAUGCGCCUUCACAAAGCCGGCCUAGACGUUCAGACGUCUUUGGUACUACUACGAACCCUCACUGCAGGAGACAUGACGCGGCACAUGAGCACCACCGGGGUCCCCUCCCAAACUUCGACACAGCUCGACGCCGACCUACUCAGCACACUGGAGGAGCUAGUGCAAACGCACGACCUCACAGCGGAGCAGAAAGAUAAAUACUGGCACCCUGUCGCUUUGGGCGGCUUGGGAUUCCAGAGCGCGAGCGCAGCGCGCCUGGAUGCUCGGGCGGCCUCGCGGGCGCUCUGCGAGAAGCCAGUGCUCCAGCGACUGGGCCUCCGCGACAGAGACGACCUUCUCCACUAUUGCCCGGGCUUGAGACCGGCGCCCCACCGCCCCCAGAGCAGCGUCAACGCGCUGACACAGGAAGAGGCAUCGCAGCAGGCGCCCGACACGGAGCCGCCCGACACCACCCAGCGGCGCUUUACCAGGCACAGGCGGCGCGCAGAGUGGACGCAGCGGCUACGACGCACCCAGACGGAACCGCGCCAAAGGGCCUGGGCUCCUAGCACGACAGGCAAGGGGGCAGGCGCGCGGCUCGGGCCGCCCACGCGGCCCGACCACCACCUCGCUGACGCCCACUUCAGGAUGGCCGUGAGACACAGACUCGGAGGUCUCGCGCGCGCAGCUGACGGCCCCUGCCCCUUCAGAAAGGAGGACGGAACCCUCUGCGCCGGCACCGUCGACGCUAACGGACGCCACGCGCUUUGCUGCUCCUAUGGCGGCUUCAUGGUUAAGAGGCACAACAACCUGCGCGACACCAUCGCGCGAGCCCUGCGUGAAGCCGGCAUUUGCGACAUCGCAGUCGAGCCAUGGAUUCGCCAGCCCACCGGGCCGGGCAAUCCGGGCCCCCGCGCGGACCUCAGGUGCGCCGACAGCGACGGCCAGCGGGCUUAUCUUGACUUAACGAUCGCGCAUCCCGCCUCGCAGCAGAGCCUGCAGGCCGGAGGGGCCCACGCCCAAGGCGCCGCUGCGAGACUGGCCGAACAGGCCAAUCGCCGCAAAUACAACGGAGUCGCUGGUUUCCAGCCCCUCGGCUUCGAAGCGUCGGGAGCCAUGGGCGAGUCCACUGGGAAAUGGCUCGCGCAGCAAGUGCCCGAGGGCCCUGGGCGACUGGAGACUCUCAGCACUCUCCACCGGUCCAUCGCCACCUGCGUGGUCCGGGAGGCAGCGCUGCUGCAGAAGGACGCACGAGGACAGCACUAG